AUGACUAGUGACAGGAUGAAGGCUCGAUACGAUCUCUCGAUACUGGUGGAUUUAAAGGAGAUCGAGUGUGGCUAUACAACCCUCGUCAUAACGAGGGAACUCCUUGUGCAUGGAUUACAGGAAGUUGAUAAAUUGAAAUCUCAAGUGCAAGAUGUUCAUGUUCCAUUAGAAGUUUUUGAUUAUAUCGAUCAAGGACGCAAUCCUCAACUGUACACUAAAGAUUGUAUCGAGAAAGCCUUGGCAAAGAAUGAACAAGUAAAAGGAAAGAUUGAUGCUUACAGAAAGUUCAAAGCUAAUAUGUUACUAGAAUUGAGUCGUACAUUUCCUAAUGAACUAAAUAAGUAUAGAGCUCUGAGAGGAGAUGAAUAAAUAUUUUCUAUUGUAAAUAUUUUAGAAUAAGUUAUAUAAGUUAUGUGCAUUACUUUUAUGUUAAUAUAUUUGUUUUACAUAUUUCUUAUUUUAGGGUCAAUAAUGGCAAUACCUCUUUAUAGGCCAAACAAAAUGCCACCAACUUACUUUCAUUAAUCAAAUUAUUUAUAGACAUUUCAUAAUAGGAACUAUUCUUCCGUCUUUCAGUCAAAAAAAUACUUAUAUAUUACAUUAGAUUUCUUACCGAAGACUUCAAGACGUAUGUGGUAGAGUUCUAUCAGCAAAUUUAUCUUUUAUAGGGAGUUGAAAUUGUAUUAUUUUUUGUGACACCAGAAUCUUUUUUCUGUAUAUUCUUGAGUUGACUUAUAGUACAGAGGUAAUUAUUAAGAAAAAAACAUAGGUAAUUUGAAUUCAAAGUCCUCGGUUAUAUGAAUAUCCAAAUAAAUGGUAUGUUUUAGUUA